GCAGCGUCCAAACGGAUUACGAACCUUGAGAUUUGAACCUCGCCAAACAGGAAACACAACAAGAACCAUGAGUACUGCUGCUGUCCAGCAAAACCAGCCUUUCAGCAGAGCUGUCAGAAAGAUCAAGGUGGCUUCGACAGUGAACAGCCUCGCCAAAAGCUGGCAAAGCUGGGCGAGCAAACACACCGACAAGCAAGACACGAUCCCAAGCGGAUGGAUGCCUGAUACCAUCAUUGAAGAUGCAAAAGAAAAGCAGAAGGAGAAGAGUGAGAUGAAACUCUUGGUUGCGCCUCGCGUGGUUUCGGUGAACAGCGACGAAGGUGCAGAUGACCAGAUCAAGACCGUAAUGGUGACUAAAGCCAUCACACCAAAGUGUAACGAAUACGGGAAAGACCUAGUGAGCGUCAUCAAGGAGAAGAUCAACACCAAUCAGCUCACAUCAGAGGACACCAAAAACUUUCUUGGUAACGAAUCUCCCACCAGGAGACGCUACUGUGGUGGGAAAGCAGGGACUGUGGCUAAAGUGCUUCGACGGAAAGAGGAAAAGACGAUGGGAUCCAGAAGUAGAGGUUCAGAUGCCGAGGACAGUGGUCUUGGGGAGGAAGCGUCUCUGAGCGACAACAGUGAUCAGAAUGAGAGUGAACCGAAGAAACAUGUCAACAGACACAAGAUUAAAAUAGCCACGAUGGACGACUUGAGGAGCACGUGGCAGCAGUUCGCUGAAGACCACAUUAAAGGUCAGAAGCUCAACCCUUUCAGCGAAGAGUUUGACUAUGAACAUGCCAUGGCUAUUCGACUCAACAAGGGCGACGCGGGAUACGGGCGGCCCAAAGAGGGAUCCAAAACAGCCCAGCGUGCCGAUCGGGCCCAGAAACACAUCUACCGUGAGAUGGAGGAGAUGUGCUUUAUCAUACGCGACAUGGGCCAGCGGGAUAAAGAGGGUCGUAUCUACGUCACCUUUGGCCGCCUGUUCGACCGCUAUGUCAAAAUCUCCGAUAAAGUUGUGGGAAUUUUGUUGCGCUGUCGCAAACACAAGAUGGUGGACUUUGAGGGCGAGAUGCUCUGGAAGGGCCAGGAUGAUGACAUUAUAAUCACAUUACUAGUUUAAUUUUCCGGAAAGUUGCUAAGUUGCAAUGUAAACGAAGUAAUAACUUAUUUUAUUUAACUUCUUUUACCUUCAUUUUUCAGUUGUUUUCAAAAUACUGUAACUUUUCCACUAAAACCUACUUUUUCCAACAAGUAGCGGUGUAACAAGUCAAAAUGGAGCAUUGCUGUUUUUUACACAUUGCAAAAGCUGCUCAAAUUCAAAAAAUGUUUUUUGUUUUUUUUGCACCAGAUAAGUAAUUAUAAACUAACUACUUUCAACUUCAGUGUAGUUAAACGACUUUAAAUUGGACUCUAGGUAUCUAGUUUCAAAUUAGCCCUUAUAAUUUUAUGUAGCAGGAUGAAAUGUUAGAACGUUCCAGAAAACUGGUGAACUCUCUGAGAUGAACGUGCUCUUCUGUCUGCAUUCGGGUGCAUGACGUGUUUUGAAAGUAGAUUUAGUUUUAGUGUUGAGGAGCUGGUGAAAGGGCGACUCCUCGCUCACAGUUUACACAAGAGAAUAUACUCGGAUCUCGUGUUUGUCUCCUCGUGCAUCAAACAUCAGGCAUCCACACCAGCCUUGAUGUCUAGACAUGUUUUGGAAAUCAUCUCAUGUUUCAUGCUUGUAAUUCAAUGACAAAUCAGUUUGGUCUUGUGAGAAUAUAGGGUAGGGUCUGUUUUUUUGCUUUUUUUAACAUUUUGUUAAUUUGCGUCUACUUUCAGACACUUGCUGUUGUUUUAUUGUUCAGUGUUUGUGGCUCAUUUUAAUAACCUCUUUCAAAAUGAAAGCGUGAUAGUCUUCUUACAGAAGGAUUUGUUAUAAAUAUUUAAAGAUAUAAAA